GGAGGGGGGGUGGGUGGAGGAAAAAGGACCAGGAAAAAAAAAAAAAAAAAAAAAAAGAAAUUGAAAUUGAAAUUAAACUCGCCCAAAGCGACCUGCUGAAUUUUGGCCGGACACUCCCUCCCCAAGGCGAGACCUCUCCGGCUGCCUCUGAGGGAGAAGGGAGUUGGGGUUUGGGGGUUGUUUUUUUUUUAUUUUCUUUUUUUUUCAUCACUCUGCUCCCCUCGUCGUCAUCGUCGUCGCUCUGGAUUGUGCCCGGGGAGCCGGCUGGGGUUUGGGGGGGCCCGCGGCGAGAUGUACCAGAGCUUAGCCAUGGCGGCGAACCCCGGCCCCCCGGCCUACGAGGGGGCAGGUGGCUUCAUGCACAGCGCGGCCGCAGCGUCCCCCGUCUAUGUGCCCACCACGAGGGUCACCUCCAUGCUCCCCAGCCUGCCCUACCUGCAGAGCGGCGGCUCUUCCCAGCAAGGCAGCCCCGUCUCCAGCCACUCCAUCUGGACUCAACCCGGAGCCGAAAGCGCCGCUUACAACCCCGGAUCGUCCCACCCGCCCGUGUCACCUCGGUUCUCCUUCUCCACCAGCACCCCCAUCCCUGCCACCUCUUCCCGGGAGGCCGCGGCGGCUUACAGCAGCUCCUUGAGCCUUUCUGCUAACGGGAGGGAGCAGUACGGCCGGGGCUUCGGCGGCUCCUACUCCAGCCCCUACCCUGCCUACGUGAGCCCCGAAAUGGCCACCACCUGGACUUCUUCGCCCUUCGACAGCCCCAUGCUCCACAACCUUCAGGGUCGAGGGACGCCCGCGGCCGCCCGGCACGCCAACAUCGCAGAAUUUUUUGAUGACUAUUCCGAGGGGCGAGAGUGUGUCAACUGCGGGGCCAUGUCCACCCCGCUCUGGAGGAGGGACGGCACGGGGCACUACCUCUGCAACGCCUGCGGGCUCUACCACAAGAUGAACGGCAUCAACCGGCCCUUGUUCAAACCCCAGAGGAGGCUGUCGGCCUCCCGCCGCGUCGGCCUCUCCUGUGCCAACUGCCACACGACGACGACCACGCUCUGGCGCAGGAACGCCGAGGGAGAGCCCGUCUGCAACGCCUGCGGGCUCUACAUGAAGCUCCACGGGGUUCCACGGCCUUUAGCGAUGAGAAAAGAGGGCAUUCAAACAAGGAAGCGUAAGCCGAAGAACCUUAACAAAACAAAGACGCCAGCAGGUCCUUGGGAAGAGCCUGGCUUACCACUCACUUUCUUACAGGUCCAGUCCAGCAGUGAGAGUCUUACCCCGACCACCAGCUCCACCAGUAGCAGCAGCAGUGCCACGACCACCGAGGAAAUGCGCCCCAUAAAAACAGAACCAGAGCUCUCAUCUCACUACGGGCACCCCAGCCCCAUUUCUCAGGCAUUCUCAGUCUCUGCCAUGUCUGGACACGGAUCUUCAAUUCACCCUGCGAUUUCAGCCCUGAAGCUUUCCCCGCAGGCUUACCAGUCAGCCAUCAGCCAGUCUCCGCAAACCAGCUCCAAACAGGACUCCUGGAACAGCCUGGUCUUAGCCGAAAACCAUGGGGACAUCAUUACUGCAUAACCUGGUCUUCCACCCAGAGACUUCAGGCUGACCAGCUCGAGAGACGAAGAAGAUGCCACGUAAUAAUCAAGUCAAUGUUGUUUCCCACCUCCCCUGCUCUCCUGCCUUCUCUCCCCUUUCGAGAUGUUCCAGCAAAGAGGUAAAGAGGACUUCUUUGAGGUGUAUUAGAGCUCUUACAAAAGAAACCAAGACUCAAAUCUCAAAGUAACUAAUGGAUUUGAAGCCUUUCCCCCCCUUUCAACAAGCCUCUCUUUGUUAGAUUGUCACCACCUUCUACGAAAUAGUCAGAAACACAAGGAUGGACAAAGGUUUGGGGUUUUAUUUAAAAACGUUUGCCAUUUGAGACUUAGACAAUGGUGGCACAGUGACUUUUUUUUUUCUUUUGUCACCAUCCAUUUGUUUCCCGGCCAGAGGAAAUGCCAUCACCUUCUCAUGACCGAAAUUCAGUGAUCUUCCACCAAAUGGAGCCAGAUUCAGGACAGUUUGGUGAACAGACUCCAGGAGACAUGCUGUGGUGUUUUUAGUGGACUCGAUAUGAAAAAAAAAAAGCCCCUGCUUCCUCAUCCUCACCUCACGUGCCUAGAGCAUUACCUUCAUUCUCCUAGAUGGUCUGGAAACCCGAUGAAUGUCCGUAUUUAAUAGUAACUCCUUUCCUAUUUAUCAUUACAAAAUCAUGGGACUGUGUUUCCAAAACGUCGGCAGAGCCUGGAGAAUGUCUGUCUGAAAUCAAAGGGGGAUUUUGGAAGGAGAAAUCUUCUGGGAGUGGGUAGAGGAGACCCACGUUGGUCAUCAAGUUCUGGAGGAAAGUGUUGGGCUUUUCCCUUAUGGAUAGCCACAAGCCAGGCUUAGAGAUUAUUGCAGAGCACAGCAAGUGGAAGUUGCUCUUUAACUCUGCUGUGCCGUCACUUUUCAGACAGUUAAUUUAAUUAUUUUGCAUCCUUCUCUGUUGUUUUUGAUGUCAUUGAUGAAAUCCUAUUGUCAUUUAUCUGUUGUUGUACUGUGAGUUCCCGCUUUGCCCCUAGCAGCCGGCUCGUGACCAUUUUCCGUGUCCAACCCUUAAGGAUUUGACCUUCCACAACAAGAAAACCCUUCAGCCUUUAAUGGAUGCAGGCAGGGGGCAUCUUCUUCACCAAGCAUCUGCACAGACUCGCUUGCCUGCAAGAGGAGCCUUUUUUUUUGGGAGACUGCAUCCAAUGAGAUUCUCCACUCUUGUUUCUGUCCACUCCCAAACUCCGUCGCUCUUCCUCUCUCCUUCCAAGCUCUUCUCUUCCCUCCCUGCAUCCUGGACUUGACUGCAGAAUGACCGAGUGCUACCCCAAAAUGUGCUGAAGGGUGUAAGGUGCCAUCCUCCGGCUUUCACCCUUCACCAUUCCCUCAAGGAGUGUUUCCAACCGAGAUACGGGGCUUGGCAAAGAGGAAAGCCACCCACACGGCUGAAACAAAAGCAUGACUCGUAUUUGUCUGAACUUUUAAUUUCCUCCUGGUGGCUGAAAAGCUUCUUUAAGGAGAAGGAUUUAACUGGACUGGUCAUGACAGAGACUGGGAAUGGAGUCAGAGUAGAGAGCUGGGCCCCUCCACUCAGAUUUGUAGGGGUUUUUGAGGGGGGACAGAGCAUUUGCACUCCCUGGAGGAGGACGCAGCGAUGCCACGGGGAUGGCUGGAUGCUGGUUGCACCUUGAGGCUCCUCUGUGAGCAUCCCCAAAGUGUGGUCCUCCCACUGACAAGAAGUGCCCCUCACUGGCUCACGGGAAUGAAGCCCACAAACUGGGAACUUUUCCCAUCCUUUCCUUCCAAGAUGCCCCCAGGGUUUGCACUCUGACCCACAGAGCUCAUGAAGAGUCCAACCUCGUUAGUACGUUAACUACAGGCAUUCAAUGAAACAUGAAUCAAACUCUACCCUGACAUUCUGUGAUUCUGCUGAGACCAGUAGCCGGCAAAGAGGCCAGAAAUAGCACCUAACAAUAUGAAUUUGGGCUGAAAACAUUAAGGUCUGUCUCCCCAGGCACGCAGGUCUUUAGCCAGCCUGCUCCUUGUCCUGUCCUCCUUCGCACCUGGCAGUUGAGGUCUUUUGGGAUCUCGCUGUGAAUUCUUCUCUGUGACACCGAAGCACCCCAGAGAUGCCUCAUCAGAGAUACCUAAAACCACCCUACACAGCCCGAGGAGACCAAACACACGCAGCAUUUGUCUCCAUGCUGAUGCUCCCGAGGGCUUUGUCUGCUUUGCCCCGUCGCUGUGCUCCUCCUACUGCCCUCGGAGCCAAAUUCCCUGGUUGAAAUUCUUUCCUGCCCUUAAACCACACUCCUUGGUGCCACAGAGGAGGCUGCUUGCAGAGCAAAGUGGAAAAACCCUGCAAGACAUGAGCCUGGUGGUCCUCCGGCUGACGUCCCUUUAGGUUAUCUAAGUGACCACGGCACAAUUUGGUUGACUGCCUCUCUUCUUCCCACAAAGCCUUAAAAAAUGAAUGUUGAAACACAGUGAGGAGCAUUUACAUGGAGCCAGGUAACAAGAUGUCUGCUUUCAGAAGGUGAUGCCCCUUCACACCACAAGCAGCUGACGUUUCAGAUGCACCUGGGAUCGUCACCACAGGACGACAAGCACCAGAGGUGACCCUUGAAGGGAUUCUCGUGGGAUGAAGGAAGGAAACCAGCAGGAGAUUCAGCUCGUUCGAGUCAGAGGGGCGAGUUACAAAAUUCAGGGUUACAUUCGAGCUCUGCUUUCCUUCAGGUGAUGGGGGAGGCAUGCAGAGCCUGCUUUGCUCAUGAAACGAGAUACAAUUACCAGAGACAAUACGACAAGACAAUUAUUGCUGUUAUUUGUUCCCUUGCAGCGUGGCUGGAGGUCCUGCUGAGGGCCACGAGCAGGGGUUUGGACCAGAUGACCCAGAGGUCCCUUCCAACCUCAACCAUUCUGUGACACCAGGCUGGGUCCUGCACAAACAGAACCCAGAACCAUCCCUGUCCUCAAGAACGAAAGGCCCAGUCCUGCAAAAUGCUUAAUCAUUUAUAUAAACCCGUUUGUGGAAGUUGUUCCCUUACAGCUCAUCGUUAAUGGCACACAUAAAUUUUGAUGCCUACGGGUUUGCAGCACAAGGUGGGAUUGUGCCAAGCCCUCUUCAUUGAGUUUGGUGCUCACCAGAGCAAGAUGGGGAGCAGGAGGGGUAGAAAGAUCUUUUACCCCCUCUAAACGUCUUUCCGAGUUGUGAACGUGCAAUAUCUCGAAUCACGUCAGAUCUCGUUGCGUAAAUCGAUCAGAAGAGAUCCGGGAUCCACUUUGCAGUCGUACAGGAUGAUUGGACCCUCCCCAACCAGGAGGAGCUCAGGAAUAUUGCAGAAGAGCUUUCAAACCGAUCAAUGACUCUCAGUGUAACUCUGAAGCUGUGACUAUGCCGGGGGGGUGUCUUGUUUUGCCUUUUUUUUUUUUUUUCUUCCAUGUAUAAAGUUUGAAGCUUCCCAGGUCGGCUGGGAAGGUCCCGUAGAAACAGACACUUGUUUGUAAGGGGGAGAGGGAAACCAACCAACUGAACAAGCUGUAAUUAUUUAAAGAUGUAAAAAAAUAUAUAUUAAGAAGUAGUAUGGCUACCGAUCCACGUAACUUCUACACCUUUAGAACUAAUGGAAAUAAAACAAUGGCAAUAAAACCAGA